GUCCAGCGGCACAGCAUCAGUGCGCCGCACUAGUCGCCGCGCCGCACCACACCAGCCAUCGAGCCGUAUCAUGUGUUGUCGCUCUUCCUACCGCCCCAUCAGAUAAUGCUGGAUCCGAAGGGGACGUGGCUGCUGCCGCCCCCGCUCCACAACAGCAGUUGCUCACACCCCCGGUACGCGACGAGCAUGGCUGCGGGUUGGUGGUCGACGGUGCCCUCCAUCAUCGACAUGGUCCAGGCGCUCUUCAUCCUGCUGCUCAGCGUCGGCAUCCUCGCCGCCAACAUUUUGCUCAUCUUCGUCAUCAACAGCAGAAGAUACGCCAAGUACAUUCACGCACAGCCGCGGUACCUGCUGACGUCGCUGGCGUGCAAUGACCUCGCCAUCGGGUUGCUGGUCACCCCGUUCGCUUUCCUGCCCACGCUGCUGCACUGCUGGCCCUACGGCGAAAUGAUCUGCCAAAUUCAGGCUCUCCUGCGAGGGGCCCUGAGCCAGCAGAGCGCCGUGAUCCUGAUUUGCAUGGCCAUCGACCGGUACAUGUGUAUGCUGCACCCCGUCAGCUACCACAAGCACUCGAGCAAAAAGGUCUCUGCGCAGGGGUGCGUGGCCAUCAUGAGUCUGACCUGGGUGACGGCGCUGACCCUGUUCGCGGUGAUGGUGCUGCCGCGGCGCCACGGCGGCUUCUACUUCAACGGCGACGGCCUGCACGCGUGCGAACCCUUCUUCCCGCGGCCCAGCCUCCGCAUCCUGGCCUCGUGUCUCUUCUACUUCCCCACCACCAUGGUGCUCAUGUACUGCUACGGCUCCGCCUUCCACGUCAACAAACUGCGCCUCAAGAGGGUCGUCUGCGCCGCCAUCGCCGUGCCCGACCACCUCGGCGCCUCCACCGUCGAAAAGAUGGUGGCCCAGGAGCGGCGUCUCAGCACGGCCGCCUCGCGCACAAUGGCCGCCAUGUCCCUCAGCUUCAUCGUGAUGGUGACCCCCUGGUCAAUACAGGAAGUCGUCGCCGCGUGCACCGGAAGCAAGGUGCCGCCGUUCAUGGACUUCCUGGUGACGUGGGUCGCCCUGAGCAACAGUUUCUGGAAUCCAUUUCUCUACUGGCUGCUCAACAGCAACUUCCGGCGCAUCAGCAAGGAGCUGCUGCUCACAAAGCUGCUGUGUCGUCGGGCGCCGGCGACGCCGGCGCGACGCACGCACUGCUGCUCGAGCCUGGCGCAGCUGCCGGCGGUGGCGGGGGCGUGCACCCUGAGGGCGGGCGGCGACUCGGAGGGCAUCAGCGAGAAGUACUGGGGCGAGAUCCUCGAGCGCACCGUCUCCAGCAACAGUCUGCAGGCGCUGCAGCGCAUCUACGGACGCUCCAACGCGCACGACGCGCGCCUCUUCCCCUCGCCCCUGUGCGCCGCCCAAAUGACCGAGAUCUGAACAAACUUUAAGAAAAGAAUGAGUUCGGUGAACCCCUUUUCCUCCGGCACUCUCGAGUUUUCGUUCGCGCAGAGGCUCCGCUGCAAACGCACACCAACUUAUUGAGCUACGAAAACUAGUUUUCCUCUCUAUAUUUAAUUGUCACUUCCACUUGUUUUAAGACUUUUUUGAAGGCAAAAGAUGGCAGUACUGAGCUGGGCAAACGGGAAAUUUUAUUCAUCUUCAAUAUUCUUCUUUAUUUUCCAAUUUUUAACAAUUAUUUAAUGAAGAUCCAGAAAAGAAAGGUUUUAACCCAGAAAUGGGGGUGCAUUGAGAUACAUUUUCUGAGAUUUCCAAAGGUUUUUCCCUGUUGCUAACCUUGUGGGUUAAAAAGUACCUUUGAAAGGUGGCGCAUUUUUGAAAUUUUUUAGUAAUUUCUCUAUUCCUUGUACCGACAUGAAACCAACGCCAUUCCAUAUGAAAUUUCAUUAGCUUUCAAAAACGUACCACGUUUAUUAAAAGGUGGCUAUUUUUUUUGGCGUCAAAAUGUUUGAUUAUUUGAACAAAGGUAAAAAAUUUGUCAUUUUUUUAUUGGCUUUUUAGCUCUAGCUCUUGUUGAAAACAUUUUUUAGAAAAAUGUUUCAAACAAAACUUGUUGGGAAUUUACUUGUGCACAUUUUUUGUAAUCAACAUUUUCUUCUAAAUCUAAAUCGGCAAAAGUUAUAAAUGUGGAAAAGUUUAAAAUGAAGUUUUCUGCUCAAUGUUAACCUUAUGGGUGAAAAUUAAACUCGGACGUAGAAAGCUCUAAAUCACCUGAGGUGUUGCCCUUAAAUAUGGAAUGAAUCGUGCCAAUUUAUAGAUAAUUCCUCUCAGCCGUUCAAAUUUGAGAAACAUAAAUUGAAAUGUAGAAUAAUUUGGCUACAAUUACAAUAAAUAAUUCAGUCGAGGCUCCUCAAAUUUGUACGGCUGAGAGGAAAUGUCUUUUAAUUGGCACGAUUCAUCCUAUGGUGAUUUUGAGCCCUCUAGGCACAUGUUUGAUUUUCACCCAUAAGGUUAAGUUAAGAUUGAGCAGAAAACCUCAAUUUUCAACUUUUCCUUAAUUAUAACUUUCGCUGAUUUGGAUUUAGAAGAAAAUGUUGUGUACAAAAAAUGUGCAAAAGUAAAUUUCCUACAAGUUUUGUUUCAAACAUUUUUCUCUCAAAUGUUUUCCACAAAAGCUAAAAACCAAUAAAAAAAUGAAAAAUUUUUUACCUUUUUUCAAAUAGUUAACAAUUUUGGUGCCUAAAAUAGCCACAUUUUAUUAACCUUGGUAAGUUUUUGAAAGCCAGUGAAAUUUUCAUACCAAAUGGCGUUGGUCUCAUAUAUGUCUGUACAAGGAUUAGAAAAAUUACUACAAAAAUUAAAAAAAAAAAUACGCCACUUUUCAAAGGUUCUUUUUUACCUUGAAAGGGUAGCGGCAAGGGAAAACCUUAGGAAAUCUCAGAAAAUGUGAAACUUUUACUGGUUUCUUAGGGCAAAAUGCUUUCGAUUCUUGAACUAUAAAAACAGUUUCUUCUCUAAUUUAUUUUUCUAAAAUAAUUUCGGCAAUAUUUCGUAUUUAUGCAACUGGCUUCUCAUCAACGUUGUGAAGAUUGCAUAAUUCGCCUUUUUAUUUGAAUCAAUAAUCCUUUUAAAAUAGUCAGUUUUCCUUCUCCUUGGUUGCUCUUUUUUUAAGUUUUUGAAAUUUUCCUACCGGCUCUUAUUGCAACUUUUCCGUUUUGCAAUUUUAGAGGUCGAUUUGUACACCAAAAGCUGUCGUUGUUAUCAAUCGUCGUUUGAUCUCGCACAUCGUUUUGAUUAUAAUUUAGAUAUUUGUAUUAAUAAACAUGUCUAAUUAAAUGUAUAGCUUGGAGCGGCUGAGUGUAUAACAAUUUAAAUAUUAUAUAUAAUUAUUAUGUGUGUCUCGCGCACCUGGAAGCGUCGCAUGGUAAUAAUCACAUCAAUUUUUUUUUCUUUUAAAUCAGAGUGUCUCGCUGGCGCAAUCGUCAAAAAUAAUGUUGUUUUUGUGAAAUAAUUUAAUAAAAAGCGGAAAAAAUGUGUGCAAAAAACGAUGUUGCUCAUUGUGGUGUUGAUGUAAAAUUUGGAAAGUAAUAAAAUCGUAAUGUAUAGCCCACACAUGAAGUUUUAGAAAACAAUUAUAUUUACCUUGCCAAUACACUUAAAAAAGUAUAAAAU